UUAUAUCGUUCUUCAAACAAUUCUCACACGUUGAAACAUUUUCCCUGUCAUAAAAUUCUACUUUUUUUUUUCAUCGAAAUAAAAGAUCAGCAAAGAAAAUGGCCGAAGUUGAGGACAUUCAACCUCUUGUUUGUGACAAUGGAACUGGAAUGGUUAAGGCUGGAUUUGCGGGAGAUGAUGCACCUAGGGCUGUUUUUCCUAGCAUUGUUGGCCGUCCCCGUCACACUGGGGUGAUGGUCGGCAUGGGACAGAAGGAUGCAUAUGUUGGGGACGAGGCUCAGUCGAAACGUGGUAUUCUCACACUGAAGUACCCUAUUGAACAUGGUAUAGUGAGUAACUGGGAUGACAUGGAAAAGAUUUGGCAUCAUACGUUCUACAACGAACUUCGAGUUGCUCCAGAAGAACAUCCUGUUUUGCUUACUGAAGCACCUCUCAACCCAAAGGCAAAUCGCGAGAAAAUGACUCAGAUUAUGUUUGAAACAUUCAAUGCCCCAGCAAUGUAUGUUGCUAUUCAAGCUGUUCUAUCUUUGUAUGCUAGUGGACGUACAACUGGUAUUGUCUUGGAUUCUGGAGAUGGUGUCAGCCACACAGUUCCUAUCUAUGAAGGUUAUGCACUUCCUCAUGCCAUCCUACGUCUCGACCUUGCUGGUCGUGACCUUACUGAGUACAUGGCGAAAAUUCUCACUGAACGUGGAUACUCCUUCACUACCACUGCUGAGAAGGAAAUUGUGAGGGAUAUGAAGGAGAAACUGGCGUACCUCGCUCUUGAUUUUGAGCAGGAAUUGGAGACGGCUAAGACAAGUUCCUCUGUCGAGAAAAACUAUGAACUGCCCGAUGGACAAGUGAUUACUAUCGGGGCUGAGCGUUUCCGAUGCCCUGAAGUCCUUUACCAGCCUUCCUUGAUUGGAAUGGAAGCUGCUGGUAUUCAUGAGACGACGUAUAAUUCUAUAAUGAAGUGUGACGUGGAUAUUAGAAAGGAUCUCUACGGGAACAUUGUACUCAGUGGUGGUUCGACUAUGUUUCCUGGCAUUGCUGAUAGAAUGAGCAAGGAGAUUACAGCCUUAGCACCAAGCAGCAUGAAGAUCAAAGUGGUUGCUCCCCCUGAAAGGAAGUAUAGUGUCUGGAUUGGAGGUUCCAUUUUGGCAUCCCUCAGUACCUUCCAGCAGAUGUGGAUUGCCAAGGCAGAGUUUGAUGAGUCUGGCCCCUCUAUUGUGCAUAGGAAGUGCUUCUAAUUAGAACAACAAAUGAUUAAAGACACAGUUGAGUGGUUCAAGAUUUGAGUUUGUGCUGGCAAUGGUCCUCUUCUUUUUGUUUUCAUCUCUGGAUAGCAAAGCUUUUAGGAAGUUAUUAUUGGUCGUUGGAGUAAUUUUAGUUCUUUACUUUUAAUCAAUUGUAUUGUAUCUGAAAAAACUGUGUCGUUUUUCAAUAUUUUGUUCUUUUUUCUAGUACCAUGUAAUAAGUUUUUCAGUCGAAUGGAACUGUUCUUCUUUUAUGCAUAUAUAUAAA